AUGGAAUCGCAAUGUGCGACUUCUGCGCAAGUAGUAGUGGCUGGGGCUGGGCCUGUAGGCUUGCUCGCAGCUCUGACUCUUGCCCGGCGAGCGAUCAGUGUAUUGGUCCUCGAGAAGGGCGAAGAUGUGGACGACUCGCCGCGAGCAAUGGCAUUUCAGCCUUGUGCUGUGGCUGAGAUGAUCGAGCUUGGUAUAUACGAUGAUGUCAAGGUCGCAUGCAUUCCAGAUGCGACCAUUUCCUGGUGGAGAGCCAGAACAGAGGACAGCCACCACAGGCACCUGGCGACCAUCUCAACAUCCGACAACGUAAAGAAUGGCGCCGAGAAGCCUUUGUCAGGCCUUAAUAUCGGGCAAGAUGUUCUGUCUCGGAUAUUACUAAAACACUUGACCCAGUAUUCAAACGCCAAAGUUCUAUGGAAACACGCUGUCGUCGGUUUGGAGGACAUGGGUGGGCAUGUCAAAGUGAGGUAUCAACUUGAUUCCCAGGGAACAGACGCAUUGCAGCAGUCGAUACUAGCAAAGUGGUUGAUCGGUGCCGAUGGGGCCCGAAGCGCUGUGCGCAAGAGUCUAGCAGUUGGGUUCGAAGGGUUUACAUGGCCCAAAGAGGAGUUCGUCGCAUCAAACGUUUAUUACCCAUUCGAGAAAUACGGCUUCACCUCUCGAAAUUUCGUUAUCGACGGCGUCAACUGGGCCAUUGUUGCCAAAAUCAGGGAGGACGGUUUGUGGAGGGUGGCGUUCGGGACAACGCCUGGAACUUCGGAGGAAGAAAUCCGAGCACAUCUGCAGGACAGUUACAAGUACAUCUUUCCAGGUCCCGCCACAGGUUGGAAGUUAGAGCGGUUGAACACAUACCGACCCCAUCAACGCUGCGUGACUUCGAUGAGAGUAGGAUGCGUUCUGCUUGUUGGCGAUGCAGCACAUCUCAACAACCCCAUUGGAGGCUUGGGCCUGACAACUGGGAUUUUGGAUGCGGGUCCGCUGGGCAGGGCUCUUGCAGCUGUUAUUUCUGGAGCUCCGAGUUCGUUACUCGACACUUGGGCCCAGGCCCGCAAAGAGACAUGGUGGAGCGCCACAAAUAAACAGUCCAUAGAAUUCAAGCGAAUUGCACAGCAAGGAGGGUAUGGAAAUGACCCUAGGGAGAUAUGGGUUAAAGAUCAGGUGGCCAAAGACCAAGGCAUGCUUCCAUACCUUGAAAACGCAGUGCCUGAGGCCAAGACUCGCGAUGAGGGGCUUUAUCAGGCAUUGAGCGAUCCACAGGAGCAGGCAUCGUCGCGGGCUGGGAUCUGGAAGCUUGCUCUGCCUGCCGACUGGAUGGCAGAAUAUGACGAUGCAGAGACUGUCAGAUGGCGGCAGUCUCUGAGACCGGCGCUCAAUUCAUAG